UGCUCAGCAACUGCCUGUGUAAAGUGAGUUCUAGUGCUGGUCUGUGCAGGUGUGCUAGCCACACUGCUCCACGAACUUUUCCCAAGCAUCUUGGCAGCUGGGCUGCCAUUCAGCAGAAACUUUUCUGAGGGGUGAACAGGAGAGAGCGGAAUGACUACGUUGCAGUUGAAAGAAUUAUCUCAUUCAGGUCUAUACAGGAGAAGACGGGAUCGCCCAGAUAGCCUGGGUCUUCAGGAGUUACCUGAGCAGAAGCUAAGCAACAUGGCCAAUGCUCUUGCCAAUGCCAUGUGUGAACGCUGCCGAGGAGGCUUUGCACCUGCAGAAAAGAUUGUGAACAGCAAUGGAGAGCUGUACCAUGAACAGUGCUUUGUGUGUGCCCAGUGCUUCCAGCAAUUCCCCGAGGGACUUUUUUAUGAGUUUGAAGGAAGGAAGUACUGUGAACAUGACUUUCAGAUGCUUUUUGCCCCUUGCUGCCAUCAGUGUGGGGAGUUUAUAAUUGGUCGGGUUAUUAAAGCUAUGAACAAUAGCUGGCACCCAGAAUGCUUCUGUUGCGAUAUCUGCCAACAGGUACUGGCAGACAUUGGAUUUGUAAAGAAUGCUGGCAGACAUCUUUGCCGUCCUUGCCAUAAUCGGGAGAAAGCCAGAGGUCUUGGCAAAUAUAUUUGCCAAAAGUGCCAUGCCAUAAUUGAAGAACAGCCGCUUAUCUUCAAGAACGACCCUUACCAUCCUGAUCAUUUCAACUGUGCCAACUGCGGGCAUUUUGUUUGUGCCAAGUGUGAGAAACCAUUCCUGGGUCACCGUCACUAUGAACGGAAGGGGCUGGCGUAUUGUGAAACCCAUUAUAAUCAGCUCUUUGGUGAUGUGUGUUUCCACUGUAACCGGGUGAUUGAAGGAGAUGUUGUCUCUGCCUUGAAUAAAGCAUGGUGUGUAAACUGCUUUGCAUGUUCUACUUGUAACACCAAGUUAACACUGAAAAAUAAAUUUGUGGAAUUUGAUAUGAAGCCUGUCUGUAAGAAAUGCUAUGAGAAGUUCCCACUGGAGCUCAAGAAGAGACUGAAGAAAUUGGCUGAAACUCUAGGAAGGAAAUGAGAUAUUUCAUCUUGCUAUGCAAAUUUAAGGAAAUGAGAUUCAUAUUCCCACUUAUUUUCAUUGUGUCUAUGAAAAUCUAUGCUCUUAAAAAAAAUCCCUCUGCAUGACUAGCUUAAUAUAAAAAUAUAUACCUUGCCAUAAAAUCUUUAAUGUCUUAUGUAAUGCUAUAUGUACCUUUAAAUUAUGUAUUCUAUUUUUAUAUAAAUUUUUAGAUAACUCAGUCUUAAGUGGAAUAUUAAAACAUAGCCUUUAAAUUGCAAUAGAGAUCACUCUAUUGGGCCACUAGUGCUGAUCUCAAAUGAAUAAUAACCUAGCAUAGCCGCCACUUAUCUAGAAUUUUCCAAAUGUGCUGAGCUUUUAAUUUCCAAAAUUCUCAACCAACCCAACAGAUUAGGAAAGCAAAUUCUCUUGGCUAAAAAUCCAGAUUUUAGGAACAUGUGCCUGCCAGGAAGUGACUGCUGGAGCAAACCAAGUAAACCUGUAAAGCUGGCAAUUUAUAAAUACUAACCUGUAAAAUCCCAUUGAAUUCAAUGGCUUUCAGCUCUGUAGACAGAUAUAGGAUUACAUGGUUAAGGAUAUAGAAAAAUAUUAGAAAAAUUCAAUACAGGUCAGGAUAAUUUAAAAAAAAAAAACCAGACUUGUGGCACGAGGACUUUGAAACAUAUUUUAUUUAAUAAAUUUUAUAUUUCAUAUUAUUUAGAAUCAAAAUGAGAUGCAUUUCCUUUGAUUCUAAACUGUCAUCUCUGGUGUUAAAAAUUAUGAAACAAAAGACUAGAGAUUUUUUUUGUAGGCAGUAAGUUCUUGUUUAAUCUUAGCUUAUGAACUGAUAAAACUAUAGUUUUCCAAUAUUAUAUUGCUGUCUUAGGAAAAUGGCAACAGCAAACAUUCUCAGUAUUUAGAAAGUUUAUAUUUUAUCAGGAUAUCUUGUUGAUUCUGUCUGCUAGCUUGACAGAAAGAAUUCAAGUUAUUGAGAUAUUUUUUUUAAACUAGUCAAAUUGGGGAUGAAUUGUGUACUAAAACCUUAGCUCAAACUAUUACAAAUGCAGAAAUGAUUUGUUCAGAAGUUUCUGAUCAUAGUAAAUAUUUGAGAACUAUAGUGAAUGCUUUCAGAUUCUGGUAAGCCUGAAGCCCAAAGUGUGAGAUGCCAACAUAUUUCUGUGUCAACAGAGGUCAACUACUUGAAUUUUGUAAAGAUUUUUUUCUUGGAUCCUUCGGUAUUUUAUUUCCCUGUGCCUUAAUUAUGCUGUAUAUUUACAACAUUAAUCAAAAUAUUUACUCAUAUUACUUUAUUAGAAAAUAUACGCCUUGUACUCUAGGAAGUAGCAUAUACUAAACAUUUUGAACUUUGUUUUAAAUAAUGGAAAGUAUUAAGGAUGCAAAGCACACUUCCUUUCUCUCUUCAGCUCACUUAUUUUUAAAUUUUACAUGAAAUAAAACCUGAACAUAUUUCAA